UUAUAGAGCAAAAGUUUUUAAGACCGACAGCUUAAGGCAUAACUGUCCGCAUACUGCAGUUUUUACUACGAUAGCGCCAGCGGUAAUGUAAAGUAGUAGAUUCAGAUUUGAUGUAUGUACGUACGAGUACAUCGUAUACCUUUUGAAAGCGUAAUUAUCAAAUGAUGAACAUCAGCUUAAGGCAUUAGCUUGUUUUCGUUCUGCAGCUGUUUUUCCCGCACAAGAAAUUAUAAAGAGCGGAGCAUGCGUACAGACGUUUUAUUUAUGAAAUUUUGAUACAUUUGUUGCUUUUGUGUGAGACAUUUUGUGUACAACGGGAUAUCAGUCAACAUGGCGGAUAAAACAUCCGAAUGUACGAAAAAACAGUGCGAUGAUAAGUGCAACCAUUUCGGUAAGCCGAAUCCAAAAAACGGAUGGUAUCUGCGUGAUACCAUUGUGAACCGCUACGAAGAGAAUAAAACCGAGCCUCCGGAAUAUCUCACCGAUGAGCAGAUCUAUUUGGAAACGGAAGCCAUCAUUUCGUGGGUUGAUUUGGGCAACAGUGAUGACAAAACCGAAAUCGAGAAGCGCAUCCGAGCGGUUCGGAAUAUGCCAGUUUCCGUUGAAGUGGAAUGCGAUAUCGAUAAAGAAAAGGAUGAGAAAGCAUUGGACGAAAAGGCCGACAAAUUCUUUGCUCAUCAUUUUCAUCCUGGCGAAGUAAUGCGUGUUGUGACGGAAGGAAGCGGCUACUUUGACGUCAAAGACCUGAAUAAUCGCUGGAUUCGUCGCCCCUUAAGCAAAGGAGAUAUCUACAUCAUUUCAUCAGGAUGCUACCAUCGUGUCUGUUUGGAUACGAAGAAGAAGAUGAAAGCCGUUAUGCUGCACUAUGAUAAGAAAGGUCUCGAGCAGAAGUUCUGGCCGGAGUCCGAAACUGAUCCAAUGCAUGUGCAGUACAUUGAACGGAUGAAGUGUCUACGCCGUUCCCUCAACUUCCAAUAUAAAUCGCGCCCGGGAUCCGUUGACUGUGAUAAAACACUGAACCGGCCAUAAAAUAUAACGUUGCAGUUCUGUUGUUUCGCUAAACAUGGACAGCAUUAUGAUACAUUAUAACAUUUUUUUCCUUUCUUCUUCCAGAUGAUUUUACCAAUUUCGCUUGCUAAUUGUGUUAAAUGUACGCAGCAUAUGCGCUCAACUACUCGUAUGUUAGAAUCGAAUUGAAUGUUCUUAAGUUUGAUCCGCAUAUGAAUUAAGCCGGUACAUUUAGAAAUAAAAGUAAGUCUUAAUUAUAA